AUGUACCAACGCUUCGAAGAAGGGAAAAUUUAUCACAUUAGAUAUUUUAAUCUCCUCCCCAAUAACCAACGUUACAGGCUUACCGAUCAACCAUACAUAAUCAAUAUCAAAGAAACAACAACUAUUACACUGAUUCAAGAAAACAUUGCACCGAUUCCUUCAUACAUAUUCCGGCCACAACGCUACACCCAGUUGAUCAGCUUAGCAAGUGAAACCAACUUCCUACCAGAUGUUGUUGGCCGCAUUUGCCUCAUCCAAGGAAGUGAUUUAUAUAACCACUACACAGAUUCAAAAAUCAUCAUUGGAUUACGUUUAGACAGAUCGAAAUUGGUACGUCUAACUUUAUGGGACAAGGAGGCAUCUAAUUUCAGGGAGUUAAAUCGCAUAUCAACAAGGAAAAAACAAGUCGUAAUCAUCACAAGUAUCAUUCCACGGAUACAUGAAGAAAAACUAUCACUCACAGCAACACCUGGAACGCGCUUCUACUUUAACAACGAAAUUGAUAUCAUUCAACGCUUCCAAAAGAGGAAUAAACUGCUAUCUUAAGCCUCAUAGCAAACACCACCAGUCAACUUUUAAAACAUUUACGUUACCACUUCCUACGUCAAUUAAAUUGUCACACACAAAGAUUAUUUUCUCAUUCAAAUAUCGAAUUCCUCAAAACUAUUUAUUAUUCAUACUUACAGUUGUUUUUUAAAAAAAAAUGAUCACCGUUUCGAACUUCUCCCCUGUAUAAAAAAACAAAACUUAACUUAUCCUUUCAGAAACCAAAAAACACACAAUUUUAAUUCACCUGAUUUUUAUUAAACAUGUAAUCCGCGCGCAGCGCGGACGCCGGCCCUAGUCCCACUAUAUAAAAGCUACUAAUUUUAGAUGUUAUAAAGGAUGCCACAUAGGCAAAAUAUUCUCAGCCAUUCAUUCUGCCACGUCACUGGUAACCCAGACCAACAAAUCGUAAUUGCAGCCCAGCCCGUUAACCGGUUUCGCUCACGAAAUUGCUGUCUCCGUCUCUUUGCUGUUGGGCCAGAUUAAAAAAUUUUCCAGCCCAUCCCAUUACUUAUUUCAAC